AUGCAAAGUACAUUUUGCUUGAGUCCUGAAGCGUUCAUGGCCUCUGCAUCGUCCGACUCGGCGUCGGUAGCUUCAAUCACGUCAGUCUCUUACAUGAAGAUAGCAAACUCAGUCGCCUCUGCCGUGUCUGUCUCGACAAAUUCGAUUGCCUCUGCUGAGUCUGUCGCUUCAGUCAAGUCUGCAGCUAGUGUCUCGGUUUCUUCUGCUUCUAUUCAAUCCUCCAUCUCGGCAAAGUCUGCUGUUUCGGCUCGAUCAAUUGCCUCCAUCAAGUCAGUCACGACUGCUCAGCCUGUUACGUCGGCUGCAACAGAUAUUUCGGCUGGGAGCGGCUCUGUUGCGUCGGCGACGUCCAGCCUUUCCACUAUGAGCGUGUCUGCGACAAGGAAUGUGGCCGCAUCCAACGCGCCCACAGGCGACGACGAGAGCUUGUCGGUCCUUCCCAUCAUUGUCGGAGCUCUUGGUGGAGUUUUGCUUUUGGCACUGAUUGCUAUUGGUAUCUUGAUUCGCCGUCACCGCGCCUCGCGACCCACAAACCAGCCAGCUUCCCAGGAUCUGCACGUCAAGCUCAACAACCCUGUGUAUGACCAAAAGCCGUCCACCGAUUCUCUUUGGUACUCUGGUGUUGUGACACCCUCAUCAAAUGACGCCAGUACCGGAAGUGUGUACGAAACCAUUCCACCUGUUGACAAAACUUACGCGGAGCUGUCCCUUGCUUCUGGCACGAGUACUCGGCCUUUUACCCGCGUAGAUGUGGUCUACGCAGAGCCGUUGGUUACGCCCACGAACACGAACGAUUGA